CUGUAUGUGAACACAAAGUGAAGUGGAGAAGAACAGACAGUGGCAUUUGCUUUUCUACAAAGCUACCAACAGGACUGUUGAACAAUCAUAUUCAUGGCGCUGAGAAACACAUUUUCUCUCAUGGAUCAGAAAUGGAUUUCAGUUGCCUUGCUCUUCUCAGGGAUCUGUCUCACUUCAUACGUUCCUCAUCGGUAUCACUUUGUGAGUGAGAAUAAAACCUGGACUGAAGCUCAGAGCUACUGCAGACAGAUCUACACUGAUCUGGCCACCAUCAACAACAUGGAAGAGAUGAACACACUGAAAGCCACACUUCAGAAUAAAGCUGGACACCAUGUAUGGAUCGGCCUACAGAAAGGAGAUAGUCAGAAAUGGCUGUGGUCUUUGGAAGAUGGCACCUCCUUCAUAGAUGGACAGUCGUACACUAACUGGAAUUCAGGAGAGCCAAACAAUGAAGCAAAUAGUAACUCCAGUGUUUUCAUGCGGGGAGAUGGAAGGUGGACUGAUGAAGACUGGACAAAGACCUGGCCUUUUGUAUGUUACACAGGAAAGAAAACAGCAGCUACAAAAUUAGUCUUGGUUACUCAGCAAAAGACCUUUCCUGAUGCUCAGAUCUACUGCAGAACACAGUACCGAGACCUGCCCACUGUAAGGAACCAGAGUGAGAACCAAGAGAUCCACCAAGUAGCUAAUAGAACCCCUGUCUGGAUCGGCCUGUUCAGAGAGUCCUGGGGGUGGUCAGAUCAGAGUAACUCCAUAUAUAGGAACUGGUCAACUGGACAGCCAGAUGGUGCUCUCGUAAAUGAGAACUGUGUUGCAAUCUUUAUAAAGGGGCAGAACAUGGGCAGCUGGGAAGGCUGGCCCUGUCAAACCACUUUACCUUUCAUCUGCCAUGAGAAUAAGCUGAUCUUGAUCAAGCAGAAUCUGACCUGGAGAGAAGCUCUGAGAUACUGCAGAGAUCAUCAUGUGGAUCUGGUCUCAGUUCACUCUGAGGAGAUCCAGCUCUGGGUGAAGGAGGUGGCACAGAAAGCCUCCACUGAACAUGUGUGGCUGGGUCUGCGUCACACCUGCACUCAGGGUUUCUGGUACUGGGUGAGUGGUUUUUCCAUCUGCUACCAGAACUGGGCUCCAGGUAACGGGACAGGAGGAGAAGACUGCAGCUCUGUAGAGAGAACUGGAGCAGUGCAGUCUAGAGUAAGUCAGCAGUGGGUCAGCCUGCCUGAGACCCAGAAACUCAACUUCAUCUGCCUCACCUAUGAAGAUUAGAUAGUAUAGAAAGCCAACUUAAGUCUUGUUUAAAGAUGAACAUCAGACAUGCCCGUUGAAGGUACUGACA